AUGUCACUCUCAGCAGCUGCCAACAAGAUUUCAGACACAGAUUUCCAGAACAUUGGACCUGCUCCAAGGCCGCCAGGUGCGUCUUACAAUAAGACGCAGCCGAUCACAAAUUACCUUUCACAAAUGGAUCUGAAGGACAAGCGCAACGGUAGCGAGCCGCGGGAGUCUCGCCCGUCGCGCGCGGCGUACAGUAAGAAAAGCGGUUGGAUCCAGUAUAAAGACGACGGGCUGUUAUCAUUUUUAUGGCAGAAACGGUACAUGGUGUUGAGUGACUCGUACUUGACCCUGUACAAGAACGAGCCACGUUCUGCAAGUGAGGACCCUGUUCUUCAGGUGCCGCUUACUACUAUAGUGAGCGUAAGUCGGACGCAGCUCAAACAGAACUGCUUUGAGGUCGUCAGAAAUCACGACCGUAAUGCUGGUAGUAGUUCUAGCACUAAUUCCAACACAGCUAAUGGUGCAGGAAGCGCAUCCUCGCUUUCAGCAGCCUCCUCAUCCUCGUCGUCCUCAGGAUCUGAUUCCAGCCGGAAAACAAUGUACAUCUCUACAAAAACGGAGAUCGAACUGCACUCGUGGCUCGAUUCCAUUUUUGCCAAAUGUCCAUUACUCAGUGGAGUUUCAUCGCCAACAAAUUUUACACACAAAGUACACGUUGGGUUUGAUCCAGAAACUGGUUCUUUCGUCGGAAUGCCCUCGAACUGGGAAAAACUACUCAAACAUUCGCGAAUCACAGGUGAGGACUGGAAUAACAACUCUGCCGCAGUAAUCCAGGUUUUGCAAUUUUACCAGGAGUAUAACGGUGCAGGUAACGGCACUAGUACGGGUACUGGUGCCUCGACUGGUGCUGGUAUCAGUAAUGCAUCUGCUUCAUCUUCGUCAUCUUCAUUGCCAAGACCUCUCAAUCCGCAACCACAGUUCGGUGCGAAACAAAGCAGGCAGAAUUCAACAGAUUUAGUUCCACAGAGGAAGCCACCAACCCCCCCUUCCGGGCCCACAUCUCAUCGCCCUAACUUACAGGUAUCAACUUCGUACCAACAAUCCCAGGGCUCUUUGCAAGCAUACCCCAAAUCUUUCAAUUCCAAAUUUGCCUCACCGCUUCAAAACAGGCCGCCUCAUUCGCAUUUGCCUUCACCAUCGCCAUCUGCUAAUAAGGUUCCUCUCGUUCCGCAAAACUCUCAUCUUCCAUUGAAGCAACAGACAAUACAACCACUCCCGUCUCAACAGAUGCAACAAGUACAUCAGCAACAAUCUCAACAACAGACGCCACCACCACAACGACCCAUUGUCCACCCACAGGAUUCGGCGCGCUAUCAGCAUAAUAUGCAAAAUCCAUACGCUUCGAGACCUAAUCCGUCAUCGUCAUCAUCGAGCUCCGAACAAAAUGCUCAAAGACGUGCACCACAGCGCCCGCCCAACAAUCCCUCGCCUUAUUCUACUUCUUCAACUCCGCCUCCGAGACUCCAUCCCCAAAGAGCUGCCCCUGCAGGUCCCAAGUUGCCUGCAGAAUCAAGUGCAAGUACUGCAGCCGCUGUAGCUAUGAGACAGCAAAUAAAGCCAGAAGCUGGUCCCAAUUAUCUGCAACCCAAUAGAGAGGCCCCAAAGAAGCCCGAUAUGACACAUCCCAAAAAGGAUGUGGGUGUCACGAAGCAACGCAAACCUACAAAGCCUACUAUGUCUAACGCAGAAAUCAUGGCUAAGUUGAAAAGCGUGACGUUCAAUACUGAUCCAAGCCCUUUCUUCCAAAUGGUAGAAAAGGCUGGUCAGGGAGCAAGCGGAUCCGUUUAUUUGGCACGGAGGACGCAAUUACCAACGUAUGAGGAAGGUAAUUUGAAUGAGCAAAUAGGCGAGCAACAUAUUGGUGACAAAGUUGCCAUCAAACAAAUGAUUCUCUCCAAGCAACCUAGAAAGGAAUUGAUAGUCAAUGAGAUUUUAGUGAUGAAGGAUUCUCAGCACAAAAAUAUUGUAAAUUUUUUGGAAGCAUAUUUGAAGACUGAAGAUGACUUAUGGGUCGUCAUGGAAUAUAUGGAGGGGGGCUCAUUGACUGAUUUGAUCGAGAAUAGUCCCAAUAACGGCAGUAAUUUCUCACCACUCACAGAGCCUCAAAUUGCCUACAUCGUGCGUGAGACGUGUCAAGGUCUCAAGUUUUUGCAUGACAAGCACAUCAUUCAUAGGGAUAUCAAGUCGGAUAAUGUGUUAUUAGAUACCCGUUCCAGAGUAAAGAUCACAGAUUUUGGCUUCUGCGCAAAACUCACCGACAAAAGGAGCAAACGGGCCACUAUGGUCGGAACGCCAUAUUGGAUGGCACCCGAAGUGGUGAAGCAACGUGAGUAUGACGAAAAAGUAGACGUAUGGUCACUAGGUAUUAUGACAAUCGAAAUGUUGGAAGGGGAACCACCUUACUUAAAUGAAGAUCCGCUCAAAGCCCUUUAUUUGAUUGCAACCAAUGGAACACCAAAAUUGAAACAACCAGAGGCACUAUCUCUGAAGAUCAAAAGAUUUUUAAGCGUUUGUCUUUGCGUUGAUGUAAAGUACAGAGCGUCAACUGAAGAAUUGCUGCAUCACAGCUUUUUUGAUAUGAGCUGUGAUCCAGUUGAUCUAAAUCCACUUUUGGAGUGGAAGAAAUAA